AGGAGUGGGAGAGAGAGAUAAAGAAGGAGCAAAUAUCCCCGCUACGAAGAGGGGAGACAGUAGGGUCGCCGGUAUUGGUGGUAGUGUCUCGUCCCCGAGGGGCACAGAGAGGUAAAGGGGACAAGCAGAAGGCAGCGAAAGCGCUGCCCUCAGUCGGCCGCCUGUUUCACUACUGUCAGCAUAUUACAGAGAGAGCGAGCGAUUGGCUAUACGCGGUGCUUUUGCCUAAGCGCGCACUAACUCCGUGUUCCCGUUUUUCGAGUGAAGGCUUAGAGCCUUCUACCCGCUCUUUCGCUCGCUCGCUCGCUCGCUCGCUCGGUUCGGUUGUGAGUUGCGCGCGCGCACUCAAACGCGUGCAUCGAAAUAGAGGCACACAGACAGAGACAGCAGCGAGGAGUCGUGCAGAGAGACAGGCGCGCGUAUACAGCCAUCGAACGUGGUGAUUCGUACGGAGGCGGACGUAUAAAGCGAGGCCGUUUCUCGUGAGGGAAAAAAUCGCUGUCCUUGUUUCUUUCUCGUCACCGUCGUCGUCGAUGAGAUCGUCAACGGGAUUUCGUCGAUGCUCGAGCGCAAAGUGUUUCGGCUCGACACGAAGAUAUAGGAGCAAUUACAUGGAAACAGUCGGUACGACGACGAGUCCUGGCAAACAGCGGGAUCAAAAACGAUCAUCGGUGCAUACGUGCGUGUACGAGGACUAAAAGAAGUGGGGGGAGGCAGUCACUAUACUUGGCGGACAUCCGGCGGGGAAACCGCACGCAUUCGUACGAAGCCUCUCCGAGAGAGCGAGGGAAAAAGGAGGAAGGAUCUGUGCGGCGCCGAGGAAAACACGUUGCUCUCCUCGAUUGCUCGAACACAGAGACUCUCGAGAGGAGAAAGGAGGUUCUUUGCGUUCCGAUUGCACGUUCUCCUUUUCGUCUCUCGACUUUACCAGUCGGAUCAGAAAAGAGUUGCCUCUUUUAUCAAACACAUCAUCAUUUUACUAUCGGUAUCGGUAUCGGUAUCGGUAUAAAGUUUCCUUUUCGUCCUCUAACUUUGAUCCUCGUGCGUGAGUAGCCGCACGCAACGCAACCGUUGAAAUUUUCGGUACAAAUAAUAUAAGGGUGGUGGAAAGCGGUGGAAGGACGUGACGAGAGAGAGAGAGAGAGAGAGAGAGAGAAAAAGAGAGGGAGGGAUCGAGGGGAAAGGAGAGAAGCGAGAAACACGCCGAGCAGUGCUGCUCCCUAUUGGCGACGUCGAGUCGCGCUCCCCACCCGGGACAGUCGAACGAGGUCCGAAGGCGAGUUCUCGGCGUGUAACUACGGUGAUUUUCCCUUACAAGAGUGUACGCACGAGACCUCGUAGCUCUGCACCGUAUAACGUUCCGCGUAAACAUCACACCUUUAUAAGUUGAAAAUCUAUUCCGGUAAUCAUCGUUCUAGUAGGUAAAGGUAAAAAAUCGUGAAGAAUAUAUUUGGAGGAAAUCGUAAAACAGCGAGAGAAGAAGAAGGAGAGAGAGAUAGUGAAGUCUGGUUUAACACGCGUGCUAUCGUCGUCGAUAGAAUUCCGGUGCCCUCGUCGCCGGAGCAAACUGUGUGUGCGCCGAUCCUCGUGAAACACGUCCCACGCGUGUGUCGCGUAUCACCGCCGCCGGUGAAACCAAGAGAAUUCGAACGAGUCAGAGGGUAAAAUAGGAUUUCUCGCGUGGUCGGUCCUCUCCCGAAGCACGCGCGGAGAGGGGUGCAACGGAGGUUUCGCCAGAGAGGGAGAAGGAAAGAAAUCGAGAGAGACAUCGUUAAACGAAGAAGGAAGAGGAAAGGGGGGAAAGGAGAGAGAGAUAGAGACUCUUGAGGGGGAGAGACGAGGACGCGUAUAGUGCAACCGAGGCGCUCGUGCUGCGCCCCAACGGCCGUUUCUCGAAGCUCAGUUAUCACAAUGGCUUCCGUGAAAGACACAGCGACUUUCUUCGCGGAGGGCACAGCAAGUCAGUUCGAACACGUACUGAAGCUUUAUCCGCAGGCUCUCAGACUCAAAGCCGAUCGAAAGACGAAAAAACCCGAGGAGCUGAUCAAGUUGGAUAACUGGUAUCAAAAUGAGCUUCCGAAGAAAAUCAAAUCACGCGGCAAAGACGCGCAUCUCAAUCAUGAAGAGUUGGUGCAAACGAUGAAAUGGAAGCAAAUACGUGGGAAAUUUUACCCUCAACUAUCUUAUUUAGUAAAAGUGAACACACCGCGCGCCGUGAUGGCAGAAACGAAAAAGGCGUUCAAGAAACUUCCAAAUCUUGAACAAGCUAUCACAGCACUGUCGAAUUUAAAAGGAGUAGGUACCACGAUGGCAUCGGCCUUGUUAGCAGCGGCAUCACCAGAAAAUGCACCGUUUAUGGCCGAUGAAUGCUUGAUGGCAAUACCGGAAAUCGAGGGCAUCGAUUACACCACCAAGGAGUACCUUAACUUUGUUCAACACAUUCAAAAUACCGUGGAGAGGUUGAACAAACAAACGUCAAAUGGCAAAACAUGGAGUCCUCACAGGGUGGAGUUAGCCCUAUGGACCCACUAUGUAGCGUCCGAGUUAAAACCAGAACUCUUAGACGGCAUUCCAGGUUCAACAGAGAACGGCAACUCUCAUCCGCCAGCCAGCAACGGCGAAGCGACGGAACCGUCGGACGACAGCAAUCAGGAAGUGGCAGUGAACGGUAAGGAACCAGGCAGUAUUGAUCCAGCGGCCAUCGACGAGAACAGCAUGACCACGUCCUUCACCGAAGACUCGAUGGAUAAACCCGCAACACCGAUUACAGUGGGCGUAGCCAGCGAAGAUACGAACGAUUCCCUCGCAACGAACGAGAACGACGACAGCAACAACACGCCACGACCAACGGACAGCGAGGACACAGAAGACUCUCAGGACGUCGUACAGGAGCCGCCAACGAAGAAGAGUAAGAAGUGACCCACCGCGAGCCAAGGAGCCACGAAUACGAGCAACAACGUCACCAACCUAAUGUCAGCCGCCAAUUUAACGCUGAUCGCAGCGAGGCGCUUCUAAAAAACCGCCAGGGUCACCGAUCAGCGUCGCGGAUAGUAGACUUUCUUCUUAUAUACCAUCAGGCUACCAUCAUCAUGAUCGUGUUUUACAUUUAUUUUUCUUCGCUCCCUCUCUUUCGAUUCAUUUAUUUAUCCAAAAUAUUUCAUACACUCGCUUCUUCUUCUUCUUCUUCUUCUUCUUCUUCUUCUUUGUCUCCUUGGGUACCAAUUCUUUCAUCAUGGUCACAGCACCUCGCCUUUCUAUGUCCUUGUCCGUAGACAUCCUCGAGAGUGUGAAAUAACGUAAUCGUAGUCGAUGAUGUGGAAGUCAUUGCGUAAAACAGCUUGCUGGUUUUUAGAUUGAUUCGCGGGGCUCGAACACAGAAACAAGAGGCGAAGCUCGACCAAUGAAGAUAACCAAGUGUUUUCUUUUUCUUCUCCUUUGAUUACAAGGUUUCUGGUGUUCUCUUCGACCCGUUGUGUUUCUCACGCGUUGUCGUGAUAGUAACUAAUUUUAGUCUCCUCGAGUUUCUAUACUUGUCCUGGAGCUUUCUCUCUUGUUCUGAUGUAGCGCUAUAUCUUUUUCCUCGCGUAGGAACUUUUCGUUCGUUGAUCGAGACGAUCUUGGUACUGCCUUAUCAGUGACCCGUUUCCGUUGGUUUACACGCUACCAAGGAACAAACGUAGUCUUUAUUUACCAGAGAAAGAUCAUUCCUUUUUAUCCGCGAUUUGUACACCGUGUUCAAGGGCCACUGAAACACACAUACACGAUGUUUAACACGUUUUAAAGCGAACUGUGCGCGAAACGAGAAUGAGAGGGAGGGAGUGAUAAAGAGAGAAUGUAUUAUAACAAAUCUGGGUAUGAGAGAGAGAGAGAUCGAGUAACUGAUCCUGUGACCAGCAAGAAAAAAAAAUAAGAAAAAUAUCGGCGGUACACCGAAACACAAUGAUAAUAUUAAUAUUAAUAAUAAUAAUUAUUAUUAUAAUUAUAAUACCGAAUCAUUACCAUAAUUUAUAUACCUAAAAGAAAAAAAAAACUGCAUGUCAGAGUGAUGCAUGGAGCAAAACCAAAUACCUUGUAAGUAAAAAGAAAAAAAAAAUGGAAAAAAAUGAAAAAAAAAAUUAGAAACAAAUAAAAGUAACGCUUUUUUGAGUCCAUCAUGAAAAAACGAAAACGUGAAAACGAAUGACGGUAGACACCUAACACAGGUACUCGCAUACAUACAUACAAACACACAUCACGUCGAGGUUCUCAUGUACAGGGAUUUAAUUAGUAUUUUUGCAUUAUUGAUGAUUAAUUAAUCAUUGUCGAGGAUGAGACGCGAACGAAGAGACGAACCACGAUUAAUCGAUUGCAAAUGAACGAUGAGUAAUUGCAAAAAAAAAAAAAUGUGAAAAAAUAUAUUAAAAACAUGAAAAACAAGACUACACGAGAUAGUAUAACGUUGAAUCAUGAUAGAGAGAAAGAGAGAGAAUGUGUGUAUAAGAAGAGAGAGUGAAAGAGAGUAUGUAAGGUUGCCAGAAAGUUACAGAAGAUGAAUAAACCGCUAUAGCUUGAUCAAGAACGUUCAUUCAAAUUUUAUAAAUAUACAUAAUUAUAUAUAUAUAUAUAUAUAUUUGUAAUUUAGAACACCGUGGCCAGGCUGAGCUAUAGUACCGACCUUAUUAUUAAUUCACACAUAAACCAUACAUAUGGUAACGACAGUGGUUGCGCUAAAAAGAAACCAGGUAAAUGGACUAGCUCGUUUUCAAUAUCUGGUGUAUUUUAGUGUCUCUUUGCCAGGGGGGAACAAACACCAUCCUAAGCAACGCGAAAAAGUGAAGAGAAAAGACAGAAGUAAUAGGAUAUCUGUCUGGUAUCAAAGAGCCGAUGUGAACAGAGAGUUUGAAAACUGAAAAUAAUUCAUUUCUCUGUUCAGAAGGAAUGCAAAAAAUCCAAAGAGGAACCUCAGAAACGAUCUUCACUGAUUUCGAUAAUAAUUCGAUAAUCAAUUCGGAAAUUGACCGAGAUCGAGGAGGAGGACGUCUGAGGUUCGUCUUGUCAGAAGAGAGAACAAAGCAAAGGUUUGCAGCGAGUAUGGAUGAAUCUACCUUAAUAAAAUCGUAGUGAAGCCCGUUCUAUUUAUUUAGCGCCUAAUUUAUUCCGUAUCGAUCGUUUCGUUGGCAAGGAACAAUAUAUAUUACAAACGCGUGGAUUGGAGAGAAUCGUGAAGUUCCAUAGAUCAAGAAGACGAAGAAUGUUCGAAAUGGAGAAUUUUUUUUUUUUUUCACCGACGUUCUUGCGAUUAUUUAGCGGAUAAUGUUAAGUAAUUGCUGAAGUAAUAUUUGAUAUACAUAUGCGUGAGUUUACGACGCGAAUGAAUUAUAAUAAUUACGACGACGACGACGACGACAAUGAUGAGAUUGAUAGUGACACGAGGGUGAUUAUUAUUAUUAUUAUUACGUUACUGCUGCUAUUAACUACUAUUACGAACGACGGCGAGCAUAGUUUUUAUUGUCUUUAUAAACGUAUAACGGAUUUAAUGUAG